UGGGCCAGGAAAUCCAAAGAAGCCCAAAAGAGAAGGCCAUGCCCCUUAGGCCCAUCUAGUGAUAUGGUUGAUGGCUGAGGCUGUCACCGCUUGUUGGGGGUGGCGCUGGACAGAGAGAGAUGUCGAGAUUGCGAAGAUUGUUCCAAGCUUCUGUUGAUGCCACUAAGAGAGCUAUAUCCGGUAAUCUUGAUGAAUUGAUGCCACCACCUGAAAGACCCAUAUUCAGCUUCAAUUCCAAGCAAGAGCUAAGCAAGUGGCAUUUGUAUUCUGAUUCUGAAUUUGGAGGUUUGUCCUCUGCGUCUCUGCAGAUAACAGAAUCGGAAAAUGGAGGAACUUCUGGAAUCUUCUCCGGGAACCUCUCUCUCGAUGUCUGUGAGGGCUCUAAAUGGAACAUCACUCGGAGUGGCUUCUGUGGAAUGCGCUCAAAAAAGUUUGAUGGCUUUAUUGAUUUGGAUUCAUAUGAUACUAUUGCUAUGAAACUUAAAGGCGAUGGAAGAAGUUACAUAUCUACUAUCUACACGGAAAAUUGGGUCAAUUCGCCUGGACAGAUGGAAGAUAAUUCAUGGCAAGCUUUUGUUUAUGUUCCUGAAGGCAACUGGUACAUUACAAAGAUUCCUCUAGCUCGAUAUUUACCUACAUGGAGAGGGAACGUUAUAGAUGCACAAAUGGAAAUGAAUCCAUCCCGUGUUUUGGGCAUGUCUCUAUCUGUCAAUGCUGAGGGUGGUGUCCCAGGUGCUAGAUCUGGACCAGGUGAUUUCAGAGUUGAACUUGAUUGGAUCAAGGCCUUAAGGACAGAAUGAAGUAUUGGUUACACAUAAAAAUCAUGAAUUUUGCUCUUCUUUUUGUAAUAAUGAUGUAUCACUUUAUGAUCCAUAAAGGAAAAUAUAAUUGGUAGUUAUCCCAGUGUCUAUACUCUUUUGGUAUUAAUGAGUGCUAUAGUAGGGCCAAUAGUUGAAGCACUUGCAGAAACUAAAUUCUUUUCAUCAUGUUCAUAGCAGAAGAAUCAAGACUUAUUGUCAUAUUGAAAAUAUUGCAGACAUUGAAUUUAGUGGGGUGAAUUUGAUA